CAGUCAUUACACAUUUCCACACGCAGCUUCAACACACUGUUAUUUUUACUACUGGCUGGAAGAGAAACAUUAUUACGGAUAGUAAAGACGCUUUGUUAAUGGGGAUGGAGGUGGACUGUAAGCCAGAGGAUCUAUCUAAGUGCUCGUACGAUGAGCGCUGUGUGGAGCUGGGAGAGGUGAAGGACAUGCGGCUGGAGGCUGAGGCGGUGGUCAAUGAUGUGCUCUUCGCUGUCUCAGACAUGCACGUCUCUCAUAAUCUGAGCAGCGGGCUGGAUGUGGCCUACAUCAACGUGGAAACCAGAGAGGGAAACCGAUACUGCUUGGAGCUCACCGAGGCUGGCUUAAGAGUUGUGGGUCACACUUUUGAUAAGGUCAAUGAUGGUUUGAGCAGCCAGUAUCACGAGACUGUUUACUCUCUCCUGGAUUCCCUCAGUCCAGGAUACAGAGAAGCGUUUGGAAAUGCACUGCUGCAGAGACUGGAGCGGCUCAAACAGAACGGACAGUGAGGCUUCAGUAUCAUUCACAAUAUCUGUGCUCGCCAACGGUUUGACCAAGUUCCACGCUUGCAGCAUUCAGUAGUACCUUUUUCAGAUUGUUUUAGCUUGUGAGAUGUUUUUAACAGAUCUUCUCGGUGUGGAUUUGACAAACUGACUCGCCUGUGAGGUUUUUAAGUAUUUUUAAUUUUAUUUACAGAGGUAUCAUUGAUACAAUUGAUCAAUACCAAGCAUUUAAUUGAUCAAUACUAAGCAUUUUAUUUAACAUUUAUGCAAGUGAAAUAACCCUCAGAAAUGCUGUUUUGAGGACUUGUUUGAACAAAAAUCUUUUGUUAACAUGCAAGUGCUCUAAAUUUUGUAUUAACUGGAUUCCUCAAAGCAUAGGUUUUCGAGCUCCAUACUGUACACCCGAAGUAUUAUUAUGAAAAACAUAUCAGAUGCCUUACUACUUUCAUUCAAAUUUCUACAUUUAUCCAGUAAAGAGCAUAGUCGUUGCCAGAAAAUCCAGAUACGUGCAGUUUCUCUUCCUUUUUGCUUGCUUUGAUCAUGCAUCGAACUGUCUGUGAAUGGAAGAAUAGAUCUGCUGCUUCAUCGAUUUCUUUCUCAGUCUGUCAAAAUCAACAAAAAGAGCCAAAAUGUGGUGGUAGUUUCCACCUUCUUCCAUAAGAUUAUUGAGACAUUUAUCAGUUACAUAAGAGGUGCAUUUUAGCACCAACACACAAGCUUUAUACUUUUAUUGACUAAAGAUUUGAGCGUACUCUUCUUCCUCGCAAUUACAUUAUAAAGUGACCAGCAUGUUCUUGCUUGACUUUGUGAAGAGAGGGAUAUGAACUAUGGAAGAUGAUAAUCCUACUAUAUCCGCAAGAGCAACGCACUUGUACUAUCCAAUACUGGCUAUUUUAUAAUCUUUUUUUAAAUAAUUCUUUUUAUUUUGUUGGCAUGAACGAUUUGAAGUUACGGAGAGCCACUGAAUGACUGGUGAAAUCUAAAUGCGCGGAAUUGCACUAAAGGAAAUAAAGCAGCCAUUUUUUGACUUUUUUUGAUAGGGCUGCAUAAAAAAGAUGUUACAUUCCGUUUCAGUUUAGAACAACAGGAAGAUGCUAAUUUCUACAAAAAGUUCUUUUCGAAUGGGUUUCUACCUCAUGUUGGGUUUUUAUUUUGGCCUCUUCUGCAUGCUGGGUUUGAAUUAGGUAUGUUGAUGAAAAACCAAAGGGCCAAUUCUGUUCAUCUGCCCUGUUGCGUAAUUUAGUGUGAAAAAUCUCUGUCCCAAACUAAAAUAUCCUAAUAAUUCACAGAAUGUUGGCUGAGACACAUAUGAGGAAAAGGAGUGUGAGAACGUGUUUCUAUGACGUAAAUGGCACAAAUGACUUCUGUACCUGAAGAAAUGUUGCUUGCUUUUGUUUCCUUGUAAUAAAAAGCACACAUUCUAAUGUA